AAAAAAAAAUUUUUUUAAUUAGAAAAAGUGACCUGCCAAGCGCACAAAGGCAGAGCCGCCCCCGGCGGUGCAGCGAGGGGCGGAACUUCCGGGUCAGGUGGGCCGCCGCUUUGACUGUCCUUGUCUCUCGGCCAUUUUGUCCCAGUCAGUCCGGACGCUGCGGCCGCGGAGGAACCUUGCGAGAAGCUGCGAAGAUGCUGUCCGUGCGCGUCGCCGCGGCCGUGGCCCGCGCCCUCCCUCGCCGGGCCGGGCUGGUGUCCAAAAAUGCUUUGGGAUCAUCUUUCAUUGCUGCAAGGAAUCUUCAUGCCUGUAACGCUCACCUUCAGAAGACUGGCACUGCUGAGGUGUCCUCUAUUCUUGAAGAGCGAAUUCUUGGAGCUGAUACCUCUGUUGACCUUGAAGAGACUGGUCGUGUCUUAAGUAUUGGUGAUGGUAUUGCCCGGGUACACGGACUGAGGAAUGUUCAGGCAGAAGAAAUGGUAGAGUUUUCUUCAGGUUUAAAGGGUAUGUCUCUGAACUUGGAACCGGACAAUGUCGGUGUUGUCGUGUUUGGGAAUGAUAAGCUAAUUAAAGAAGGAGAUAUUGUUAAGAGGACAGGAGCUAUUGUGGAUGUUCCAGUGGGUGAGGAGCUCUUGGGCCGUGUGGUAGAUGCUCUUGGUAAUGCCAUUGAUGGAAAGGGUCCAAUUGGUUCCAAGACCCGUAGGCGAGUGGGCCUGAAAGCCCCUGGCAUCAUUCCUCGAAUCUCUGUGCGGGAGCCAAUGCAGACUGGCAUUAAGGCUGUGGAUAGCUUAGUGCCUAUUGGGCGUGGUCAGCGUGAGCUGAUUAUUGGUGACAGACAAACUGGGAAAACAUCGAUUGCUAUUGACACAAUCAUUAACCAGAAACGUUUCAAUGAUGGGUCUGAUGAAAAGAAGAAACUAUACUGUAUCUAUGUUGCUAUUGGUCAGAAGAGAUCCACUGUUGCCCAGUUGGUGAAGAGACUUACAGAUGCAGAUGCCAUGAAGUAUACCAUUGUGGUAUCAGCUACUGCUUCUGAUGCUGCCCCACUUCAGUACCUGGCUCCUUACUCUGGCUGUUCUAUGGGAGAGUAUUUUAGAGAUAAUGGAAAACAUGCUUUGAUCAUCUAUGAUGACUUAUCCAAACAGGCCGUUGCUUACCGCCAGAUGUCGCUGUUGCUCCGCCGGCCCCCUGGUCGUGAGGCCUAUCCUGGUGAUGUGUUCUACCUGCACUCCAGGCUGCUGGAGAGAGCAGCCAAAAUGAAUGAUGCUUUCGGUGGUGGCUCCUUGACUGCUUUACCAGUCAUAGAGACACAAGCUGGUGAUGUGUCUGCUUACAUUCCAACGAAUGUCAUUUCCAUCACUGAUGGGCAGAUCUUCUUGGAAACAGAAUUGUUCUACAAAGGUAUCCGCCCUGCCAUUAAUGUUGGUUUGUCUGUUUCCCGUGUCGGAUCUGCUGCCCAAACCAGGGCUAUGAAGCAGGUGGCAGGUACCAUGAAGCUGGAGUUGGCUCAGUAUCGUGAGGUGGCUGCUUUUGCCCAGUUUGGUUCUGAUCUCGAUGCUGCUACUCAGCAACUUCUGAGUCGUGGUGUGCGUUUGACUGAGUUGCUAAAGCAGGGACAGUAUUCUCCUAUGGCUAUUGAGGAACAAGUGGCUGUUAUCUAUGCGGGUGUAAGGGGCUAUCUUGAUAAGCUGGAGCCUAGCAAGAUCACGAAGUUUGAGCAAGCUUUCUUGUCCCAUGUUGUCAGCCAGCACCAGGCUCUGUUGGGCAACAUCAGGGCUGAUGGGAAGAUCUCCGAACAGUCAGAUGCAAAACUGAAAGAGAUUGUCACAAACUUCCUGGCUGGAUUUGAAGCAUAAACUCACGGAAUCACAUCAGAUACGGGUUUGGUUUUGUCAUGUUUCUUCUCGUAAAAAUCAGUUCCAUUUGUAAAAGGUAUCCUCUCAUAUUCCUGAUGUACAGAGAUCACAUUAAAAUAAAAGUGCCACAUCCUGUGGGA